CUCGAGGCAUACGAGCUUGUACUCGGCUGCAAGGACGCGCCGCGGACGACGCAGCAUUCGUGCCGCUGAUUGCGCUACGACAGCACAACACCUUUUGGUGUCCACGACUCGCACGUUUUCUGGCGCGCACGCGGCACUGAAAGGCAGCUAGACAACCGUGCUCUCCGAACGCAGGGAGAGCACCGCGUGGUCGCAUAACUGAGCCAUGCGAGCUGUACUGCUGUUCGUCGUCAGUGGCGCAGCCCUGCACUCAAAUCACCAGAGCGCACCACUGCUGCCGCAACCGGACCGCCGCCUCUUCAUCCGAGCGCUAGCGUCGACCGCGGCGUCGGUGCCGGCAGUCGCGAGCGCCGAGCGCACGGGCCUCCUGGACGUCGACGCGACGGGCCUCUCGUUGGGGCGGGCCUUCGAGCUCUCGCUGCCGAAGCCGGAGCUGCCAAGGGCGAACCGGGCGCCGCUCGACCAGAAAUUCGCCGUGUGCAUGAUGCGGAGUAGUUACAACACCGUCGACGAGCUCGACUUCUGCGCCAUGGACGCGUUCCAGAAGCGGUUCUUCCUCAUUCGCCAGGACGAGUGGCAGCCGUACCUCGCGCGGGCCCGCGCGGCGCUGGGCCGGCCGCCCGAGCAGGGCGACCUCACGGACCCGCUCUACUUCGACUUCAUCUCGUUCGCCCAGUACGAGACGAUCAACGACUUCCUGAAGAGGCCCCGGAAGCUGUUCGAGGAGCUCGUGAGCGCCGAGGGCGAGACGCGCGUCGUCGCGCGGAACGCGUCGUCCGUCGCGGAUGAUCGACUCCUCGCCGCGGAGCACGGGCGGCGAGUGGGCGACAAGGUGCUCGAUUUCGUCCUCGAGCGGUUCGCGUCGACGUCGUACACGCAAGUCCAGGUCUCGCCCCGUGUGGAAAUCAGCCAGUGAGUUAGGUUGACGUCGACGGCGCGGGACGCCCGAAAUUUGAUUUCCACACAGGUCUCGCCGGAGCUCUCGCCCGUCGCCGUCGAGGCGAACGCCCAGAAAUUAGUCACGCUGCUCGCGGUGCUCGGCUUUAGCAUCGACAGCGUUGCGGAGCGGCGCGGGAACAAGUUGCUGGUCACCUUUAUUGGGGCGGCGAACUGCUGGGGCCUGCGGAGCCUGAGCCAGGGCAACCCGCUGGCGCGGCCGCCGCUCGUGAACGACUUCGGCGCCAAGGUCGUCGGAUGUGUGAAAAUCAAAAUUUUACGGCACGUUCGGCGUGGCGGUUCCUCACCGCUCGACGGGGCCAGCACGGCAGCGCCAUCGCCGAGAAAUGACUUCGUGAAGAAUUAUCGGGUGCACCCUACGCACUGGUCGAUUUCCACACAGGUCGUCGGCGCGUGGCUCGCGCGGUGCGGCUACGCCGGGAGCCGCGAACCCGCGGCGACU